AUGGCUACAGUCUCAGAUCCUGUGUUGGCUACGGGCCCUGAUGCUCUCGAGGAAAGUUUGGGGCGGCUUUCCAAAAAGCCCGGAGUUAAAGCUGCAAUUGUCCUCGAUCGUGCCUCUGGGACGAUUCUCAAGACAACGGGGCAAGUUGGGACCAUUCGCAAACCAAAGCCGACCGGAUCUUCAACUGAGUCUCCGUCACCGGCUCCGGCGGCCGGAGCUUUCUCGGGCGAAGGCGAUGCAAGCAAUUCCAACCAAAACCAAGAUGUGGAGGAAGUCGCCGCAUUGGUGUGGAAUUUUGUCAACACUGCAGGCGGCCUUGUGGAGGAGCUUGAUGCUGAGGAUGAAAUGAGACUCCUGCGUUUACGAACCAAAAGGCAGGAGUUUGUCAUUGUUCCAGACCCGAAAUAUUUGCUCAUUGUGGUCCACGACACGUCUUCGGCAUGA